AUGUUCUGGGUACUCAAUCCCUGGCUGGCCACCCUGCAUACACUGAGUCUGGUGCUCACAGGCUCUGGUGCCACCAUCAUAUUGACUGCCAUGAACUCAGGGACCAAGAGCUUCCAGCCGCGGGCGCCAGACGAGGGCAGCUUCUUGCUAGAUCACUUUGGUGAAUGUCAAAGCUUUAAAGAGAAAUUCACUAAGUGUCUCCGUGACAAUAAUUUUGAAAAUGCUUUGUGCAGAAAUCAAUAAAAAGAAUAUUUAGAAUGAGGAAUGAACAGGCAACUGAUGGCUCCAGAGCCACUGGAAAAAAUGGGAUUUGGAGAUUUGACAGGUGGAAAAUCAGAGGCAAAAAAUGAAUUUUGA